AUGACAGCUACAGUCCAGGUGGUAGUGCAGAGCGGAACUUCGUGUCUUGUCUCUCGAUGGCUGGUGUUACUCUUUACUGAUCUCAUCGAAGAGCUCUGGAGGCAUCCUCAGAUGGUUCUGGAAGGCGUUGACAUCUUCGGUGCGGAGCUCUCUGGUGAGAAAUGUCGAAUUAUCAACUCUUACUCGGAUGGUGUCCACGGCAGGGUUGUCUUCUCCAUCAUCGGUGAUGACAGCCAAUCCUUUGAUGAAAGUGACAUCCAGCUAUCUACCGACAACCUCGACAGCGGUAACCGUGGUGGUGUUGUCCAAGCAGCCAUCGUCAUGGGACCAGAGACCAUUGAAGACACCAUAGGGAAUAUAGCAUUUACUGUGUACCGUGACGAUGCAUUGUUUGUAAGGGACGGUGGCCAAAACAACCAAGUGGUACAUAGUGGAGGGAACAAUGAUGUGCGUCGUAAUAACACGGUCAAUACCAAUAUCAUCGGAGCGAGCCUCGGUACGAAUGUAACCAAACAUCUGAAUGAUCCUGUCACCAUAACACUGGCACACAAACACCAAAAUGCAAGAAAUCCGCAGUGUGUGUAUUGGGAAUAUGCCAUUAACGCUUGGUUAAGCGAUGGCUGUAAUAUGACCAACACUUCCGAGACACAAACCGAAUGCCAGUGCAAUCAUCUUACUAACUUUGCAGUCCUUAUGGACGUGAGUGGCAUCCCCAGACGAUCAGAGAGAGUUGAACGACUUUUUAGGAUUCUCAGCUACAUAGGAUGUUCUCUCUCCAUUGUAGGCCUCCUAGUGACCCUGGCUGUCUACAUCACUGAUAGGUAA